AUGGCUGCUCAGAAAGAGCUCUGUGAUGCCAUUGUGAUCGGGGCAGGCAUCCAGGGUUGCUUUACCGCCUACCAUCUGGCCAAACACAGGAAGAGGGUCAUCCUGCUGGAGCAGUUCUUUCUACCGCACUCCCGAGGAAGCUCCCAUGGGCAGAGCCGGAUCAUCCGAAGGGCAUACCCUGAAGACUUUUACACCCAGAUGAUGGAUGAGUGCUACCAGAUAUGGGCUCAGCUGGAGCAUGAGGCCGGAACCCAAUUGCACAGGCAGACGGGGCUACUGCUGCUGGGAAUGAAGGAGAAUCCAGAAUUAAAAACGAUCCAGGCUACUUUGUCCAGACAGGGGGUGGAGCACCAGUGUCUUUCAGCUGAGGAACUGAAGCACCGUUUCCCCAACGUUCGGUUGGCCAGGGGGGAAGUGGGGGUCUUGGACAAGUCUGGGGGAGUUCUCUAUGCAGACAAGGCCCUCAGAGCCCUCCAGGAUGCAGUUCGGCGCCUUGGAGGCCAAGUGUGUGAUGGAGAGAAGGUGAUGGAGAUAAAGCCGGGGCGACCCGUCACAGUGAAAACUACAUCCAGGAGCUACCAGGCCAAAAGCUUGAUCAUCACGGCAGGCCCUUGGACCAACCGGCUCCUCCGUCCCCUGGGAAUUGAGCUGCCCCUGCAGACCCUGCGGAUCAAUGUGUGUUACUGGCGAGAGAAGGUUCCGGGAAGCUACGGUGUGUCCCAGGCCUUUCCUUGCUUCCUAGGCCUGGGCCUCAGCCCCGCUCCCCACCACAUCUACGGGCUGCCCUCCGGAGAAUACCCAGGGCUCAUGAAGGUCUGCUAUCACCACGGCAACAGUGUGGAUCCAGAGGAGCGGGACUGCCCCGGAGCAUUCUCAGGCGUCCAGGACGUCCAGAUCCUGGGCCGCUUUGUCAGAGAUCACUUACCUGACCUAGAGCCCCAGCCUGCCCUUUUGGAGCGCUGCCUGUACACGAACACCCCUGAUGAGCACUUCAUUCUUGAUCGACACCCAAAGUACGACAACAUCGUCAUUGGUGCUGGAUUCUCUGGACACGGAUUCAAGCUCUCCCCCGUUGCGGGGAAGAUCUUGUAUGAAUUAAGCAUGAAAUUAACGCCAUCCUAUGACUUGACACCUUUUAGAAUGAGCCGCUUCCCUGGGCUGGGCAAAGCCCACCUCUGACCCCUGGCCAGCUGCCUCCUUUGUGUACCCCGAGCUGGGAUAAAGCCCUCUGGCUAUAACAUGUCAUCUUGUUCUCCUGCCUCUCUUGAGUCCCCUGUCAACACCGCAUGAUUGAAUCGGCCUUCGUCCCCUGGCCAGCUCCCUAGGCCCGCUCCUUUUUUUUUUU